GACCGGUCAGGUCCCGGGGCAGCCCGAGCGUCAGGGCCCCGCCGGUGGUGCGCGCAGCACACCAGGGCAGGUGGCAGCACGCGCGCGGUACCAGCGGAGCUGGGAGCAAGCUCCGGGUGCCAGCGGAGGCAUCGGCAACCUCCCCGGUGCUGUCAGAAAGUCGUCCGACUGGCGAGGGCAGGUGCUGGCUCUCCGGGGACCGGGAGGUGUCGGCACGCUCCCAGCACCAGUGGGGACGCGCCAGCUCCCUCGCCGGCGGUACACGCGAGCGGUGGCCCUGGCCGUGGGACGAUCCUUCUUCAGCGAUGCCGGCUGUGUUGGCGGCCGUGUAUCCGAUGAUGGUGUCCGCGGUGACGGUGUUGGUGGCGGCUCUGGUGGCGCCGACGCUCGGCUACAACAUCGACGUGGAAAACGCGGCGGUGUAUCACGGCCCGCCCGACACGAUGUUCGGCUUCAGCGUGGCCGGCUACACGGACCGCGACAGCAGCUGGGUCCUUGUGGGGGCGCCGCGGGCGCAGACGCAGCAGCCCGGCAUCGUACGCGGCGGUGCUGUGUACCGCUGCGCGGUCAACAGCACCGCCGGACAGCGGCCCGCCUACGCGAGCUGUCAGCAGAUACCGUUCGACGUCAACGGGAACAACGUGGCCGGCGGUCGCGCCAUCGACGAGAAGUCGGGCCAGUGGUUCGGCGCCAUGGUGACCUCUACUCCCGGCAAGGACAAGCUAGGCGUGGUGGUGGCAUGCGCUCCCCGCUACGUCUGGUUCUCCAGCAACCAGAGGCGGCGGGAACCCGUCGGCACGUGCUACGUCGCCAAGAACGGCUUCUCCGACGUCCAGGAAUACGCGCCGUGUCGCACAGGCGCCUGGGGCUACCAUCGGCAGGGCUCGUGCCAGUCCGGCCUGGGAUCUGCCAUCAGCAAGGACGGGGACCGGCUGUUCAUCGGCGCCGUCGGCAGCUGGUAUUGGCAAGGUCGCCUGUACAGCCUGCCCGUUGAGGAGCAGGCGCGCCCCUUACCGCCGCCGCAGUACUUUAGGUCGUCAAGACUAGGUCAGCUAUUCAGCCAGCACCUGUUCUCGCGGCCCGACCUGGCCGCCACCAGCGAGGGCCCCAGCUCGGAGGACGACAGCUACCUCGGCUACUCGGUGGCCGUCGGCGAGUUUAGCGGCGACCUCAGCCAGGACGUGGUGGUCGGCAUGCCCCGAGGCGCCAACCUCACCGGCAAGGUGGUCCUAUACGACAGCCGCCUGCGCAACCUGUUCAACACCACCGGCGAGCAGAUCGGGGCUUACUUCGGCUACUCGGUGUGCGUUGCCGACGUGAACGGCGACAAGCUGGACGACAUUGUGAUCGGAGCGCCGUUCUACACCGACUUCGCCAACACGGAGGGGAAAUACGAGACCGGCAGGGUAGUCGUCGCGUACCAGAACCCAAACCACAGCUUCAAGCGGUUCGACUUCCUCGACGGCGGCAAGUCCAAGUCUCGGUUUGGCCUGGCGCUCACCUCCCUCGGGGAUGUCGACUGGGAUGGAUUCGAGGAUAUUGCGGUCGGCGCUCCCCACGAUGGGAUGGGCGACGAAGGAGCUGUCUUCAUAUUCCAUGGCACGAAGAAAGGCAUCAGCGGGAAACCCACCCAGACAAUACUGGCGUCUGAGUUUGCGCCUCAGCUUCGCUCGUUCGGGUUCUCCGUGCAUGGCGGGCUCGACCUGGACGGCAACAAGUACCCGGACCUCGUGAUCGGGGCCCACGACUCCGGCGCCGCCGUGUACCUCAGGUCACGGCCGGUCGUACACGUGCAGUCGUCGACGGAGUACCAGUCGGCCGGCUCCCAGCUGCUGGACCUGGAGGACGAGAGCCGUCGCUGCCGGCUGGAGGACGGCCGCCAGGGCGUCUGCAUCCCCGUCCGCUUCUGCCUCAGCUACGACGGGGUGGGCGCCGAUAAACGUGCCGAAUUCGAGGUGGAAUUUCGCCUGGACGCGCGCCGGCCCAAGUCUCCACGCAUGUUCCUCCGUGACCGUCCGGGUGCGUCCAGCAUGAACGUGACGGCUCGGGCGGCGAGGGGCGCCCAGUGGUGUCACGAGGUCGUCACAUUUGUGGAGGAGACAGUGCGGGACAAACUGUCGCCUCUGGUGACGGAGGUGCACUACAGUCUGGUGACGCGCCGGCCGGGCCGCCAGACGGGCGCGCUGUGGCCUGUGCUCAACCUGGACCAGCCGCCCUUGGCCAGCGACACCAUCUCCAUCCAGAAGAACUGCGGCGUGGACGGCGUGUGCGUCCCGGACCUACAGAUGACAGCCAGACCCAAUCACGCCACAUACCUUCUCGGGUCCCGUGAGAGGCUCACUCUAGACGUCACCGUCUUCAACGGUCGCGAGGACGCCUUCGAGGCUCUCUUCUAUCUGGAUCUGCCCGAAGGCGUGGACUACGUGGUGACUGAGCGUCUGGAGGACUCGGCCCCGCAGCCGCUGCUCUGCUCACUUCGGGAGCUCGGCCACGAGGUGCUGGUCUGUGACCUGGGCAACCCUCUGCCGGUCGGCUCCAAGGUGCACUUCCAGGUGCAUCUAAUGCCCGAGAGCACAUCAGAGGAGCGACAGCGUCACUACCGCUUCACCCUGACGGUGAACAGCACCAACGCCGAGGCCGCCAGCACGGUCAGCGACAACCAGCUGUCGCUGACACUGCCGAUCCACAUCCGCACCGAGCUCGCCAUCUCAGGGUAG